GAGGGUAUGUCACACCAAAUAUCCUGCAAAACCGCCAUGGCAGAUCCUCCUACUCAUUUCUUCAAGUUCAUCUCUCCAAGCUUCAAAUUUAACCCUUCGAUUCCAAGUUCGUUCUUGAGGAACCUGAACCAUGGGAGAUGCUUGAAAGUGACACUGAGACGUGGGCGUCACGAAUGGUCAGUGAACAUUGACGACGGGAUUUUUGGUGAUGGUUGGAGGAGAUUUAUGAAAGAAAAUGGAGUCCAAGAGUUUGACUUUAUUGUGUUCAAACAUCAAGGAAGCAUGGUGUUUGACUUUUUGGUGUUUGACCAAUCUACAUGUGAAAAACAAUACCCAGAUCUAUUUGACGAAAUGGAUGUAGAAGAGCAUCUCACAGAAUCUGGUACGAUCUGCACACAUAGGCCGAAGAACCUCAAAAAGCGCAAGACGAACGAUUAUGCAUAUUCUCAAGACCAAGAAAAUUUUCAAGUAAAGAAGGAGACUUAUUCAACAAUAAAGAAAGCAACUAGUUCCAGUCUUAACAAUCACCCAUACUUUAUUUCAACUCUGAAGGCUUGUAGCUUCAAAAAAUCAGCCCUGCAUAUUCCAGUUAAAUUUGCGAUACAAAAUGGUUUAAAAAUUGGAGAAAUGAUUCUUAGAGAUGAUAAAGGUCGAUCAUGGAAAGUUCAGCUGAACAAAAAAGAAGAAAAACAUAUUUAUAUUGGACGUGGUCUUAGAGCUUUUCGGGUUGCUAAUGGAUUGAAGAAAGGUGAUGCAUUCAAGUUUGAACUCAUCGAGAAUGAGAAAGACAAUCCCCCCAUCGUCAACUUUUCCCUUCUAAAGAGCAAGCCGAUUAAAUCCGAUAAAAAAGCAAAACUUAAACAAAAGGAAGAACUGAUUCCUUAUCAAGAAGAUGACCUACCCUACUUCAUAGGGAAAUUAAAGUCCUGGAACAUACGAUGUUCACAUUUGUAUCUACCACUACAGUUUGCGAGGUUAAGUGGAUUAAUCAACAAGAAGCAAAUACUUCUGAAAAAUGUCGAAGAUGGAAGGUCAUGGUCUCUCAAGAUACAUAAUCAUAAGAAAAAUUUCUAUAUAGGACAAGGUUGGAAGGAUUUUCAAGUUGCAAAUGGAUUGAAGGAAGGAGAUUGUUUUAAACUGCAGGUGGUCUACAAUGGGGAAAUGCCAAUUGCAAACUUCUACUUAUUGUAAAAUUUAGAACUCUUUUAAUUUUGUUAUAAAGACUUAUAUUAUGUUUUUCGUAUUUUCUAUCGAAUUUCUAAGUUUAAUGUGUUAUUGCACACU